CCACUCUGAGGCUCAGCCCUCCUUCGUGCCCACCAUCUCAUUUGGGGAGCUCUGGAACCGUGAGGGACCCCUGCAGUCCCUCGAGCUGAGACUAGCUGGGGCCGAGACUAUGAGGCAAGCAGCCCAUCGACCCAGGCCUCCUUAGGACCGCCCAGCCACCCAGCAAGCAAGUGAUCAGCGGCAGCGGAGAGAAAAGCUGGAGAUAAAGGACCACCCUGGACCACUGGGGAUCACCCCCAGCAACUCCUGAGGACCCCAUCCAGGCUGAGGGUCAUGAUGGAUGGCCAGACUCCCAGACACUGACAGACAGCUACCACUACAGAUACGCUGGGCUUUACAGCACUGGCACACUGAGAUAGAACCAGGGAGCGACAGCAUCAUACACUGCCACAGCCCUGCAAUACAGACAGCCCCCACCCCACGCAGGAACCACUGGUAACUCCGAAAUAGGCACAGACAGGGACACAUAGCACCAUCCUCCUCAACACACACACAAGUGGGGGUACCCAUCCUCCAAACACAUAUGAGACAUCAUUGACCUGCAGGGACAGACCUGGACACGCGCAUACACAUACCUUCCGCUGGGCUUUGCUGGUGGUGGCCUCUGCACACCCUCGCUCCCCUCCACAGGAGACACCUUUGCUUCCCCACACACUCUUAUACUCGCAGAGCCAUGAGUAAACAUACCUGACAUUCCCCCCAGCUCCCGUCUGGCAACCCUGAGACCUUCUGAAGCCUCCUUCUUGGGUGGGAAGAGCUCAGCCAACCUCUCUCUGAUGGAGCCUCGGUGAAGCCAAAAGCUUACAGGGAGAAGGGUCUAGCCUGGCAUGACCCUUGUCAGUCUCCCCACUUGGCUGGGUGAUGUCCCCAGGUCCAGAUUCUGGGGACCCUUGUGGAAACCAUGGAGCAACUGACAACCCUUCCACAGCUUGGAGACCCCGGAGCCAUGGAGCCAUGGGCACUACCGGCCUGGCAGUGCUGGACUCAGGGCCAGGGGUUCAAACCUGGAGAUGCAGCUCCGAGCGUGGCGGUUACUCGGACAACUCUGCAGGUUAGAGGACUGAGGUCUGAAGAGAGCUCCGAGCCGGAGGGAGCCCUGAGCCCUGGGCCUGUAGGGAACACUGACCCUGAAGGAACCGAGACUGGGCUGCCCAAGCUGCGACAGCAAGCAGAGAGCCCUGGGCACAGCUGCUCCGGGCUAGAGGAUGAGGAAACACAGGCUUGUAAGGCCAAGUCGAACGUGGGCUUUGGGGUCAGGUCCAAUCUGGAGCUGCUGAGGGCCCUAGGGGAGCUGCAGCAACGCUGUACCAUCCUGAAGGAGGAAAACCAGAUGCUGAGAAAAAGCAGCUUCCCCGAGACGGAGGAGAAGGUGCGGAGGCUCAAGCGGAAGAACGCGGAGCUGGCGGUCAUUGCCAAGCGCCUGGAGGAGAGGGCCCAGAAGCUGCAGGAGACGAACAUGAGGGUGGUGAGUGCCCCUGUGCCCCGACCUGGAUCCGGUUUGGAGUUGUGUCGUAAGGCCCUGGCCCGCCAGCGAGCCCGGGACCUCAGUGAGACAGCCAGUGCGCUGCUAGCCAAGGACAAACAGAUUGCUGCCUUGCAGCGGGAGUGCAGGGAGCUGCAGGCCAGACUUACUCUGGUGGGCAAGGAAGGUCCCCAGUGGCUGCAUGUGCGGGACUUCGACCGAUUGCUACGCGAGUCCCAACGGGAGGUGCUGCGGCUGCAGAGGCAGAUCGCCCUGCGCAACCAGCGGGAGCCGCUCCGGCCAGCCGGGUCCCCGGGUCCCACUGCUCUCUCCAGAGUAGGGGCGCCGGCCCCGGGGGCCCCGGGAGAGGCCAUACACCAGGAUGAUGUGGACAGCCCACAGGUGGUCCUAGGGGAACCAGAGAAACAGCAAAGGGUGCAGCAGCUGGAGUCAGAGCUCAGCAAGAAGCGAAAGAAAUGUGAGAGCCUGGAGCAGGAAGCCCGGAAAAAACAGAGGCGAUGUGAGGAACUGGAACUACAACUGAGAGCAGCCCAGAAUGAGAAUGCCCUCCUGGUGGAAGAGAAUUCCCGGCUCAGUGGGAGAGCCGCAGAGAAGGAGCAGGUGGAGUGGGAGAAUGCAGAGCUGAAGGGACAGCUCCGGGGAGUGAAGCAGGAGAGGGACUCAGCCCUUCGCAAAAGCCAGGGCCUGCAAAGCAAGCUGGAGAGCCUGGAGCAGGUGCUGAAGCACAUGCGGGAGGUGGCCCAGAGGCGGCAGCAGCUGGAGGUGGAGCAUGAGCAGGCUAGGCUCAGCCUGCAGGAGAAGCAGGAGGAGGUCCAGAGGCUGCAGAAGGCGCAGGCAGAAGCCAGGCGGGAACAUGAAGGAGCUGUGCAGUUACUGGAGUCUACGUUGGAUUCCAUGCAGGCCCGGGUUCGAGAACUUGAGGGCCAGUGCCGCAGCCAAACCGAGCGCUUCAGCCUUCUGGCACAGGAGCUCCAGGCCUUCCGUCUGCACCCAGGCCCCCUGGACCUGCUUACUUCCGCCCUGGGCUGUAGUGCCCUUGGGGACCGUCCUCCACCCCACUGCUGCUGCUCUACCCCACAGCCCUGCCAGGGGUCCGGCCCCAAAGACCUUGACCUCCCGCCGGGCUCCCCAGGACGCUGUACCCCCAAAUCUUCUGAGCCUGCUCUUGCUACCCCUACCGGAGUCCCUCGAAGGACGGCGAAGAAGGUGGAGUCUCUUUCCAACUCGUCUCGCUCGGAGUCCAUCCACAACAGCCCCAAGUCAUGUCCCACACCAGAGGUGGACACAGCCAGUGAGGUGGAGGAGCUGGAGGUAGACAGUGUCUCCCUGCUCCCAGCAGCUCCGGAGGGCACCUCAGGAGGAGCCAGGAUCCAGGUCUUCCUAGCACGCUAUAGCUACAACCCCCUCGAGGGUCCCAACGAGAAUCCAGAGGCUGAGCUUCCACUGACAGCUGGCGAGUAUAUCUACAUCUAUGGUGACAUGGAUGAGGAUGGCUUUUUUGAAGGGGAGCUCAUGGAUGGCCGAAGGGGCCUGGUCCCCUCCAAUUUUGUAGAGCGUGUGUCUGAUGACGACCUCCUGACCUCCCUCCCCCGGGAGCUGGCUGAUCUGUCGCACAGCUCGGGCCCUGAACUCAGUUUCCUGAGUGGAGGCGGGGGAGGCUGCAGUAGUGGGGGCCAGAGCAGCGGGGGACGUAGCCAGCCCAGACCAGAGGAGGAGGCUGCAGGAGAUGAACUCAGUCUGAGCCCCCCGCCAGAGGGACUGGGCGAGUCUCUGGCUGUGCCUUACCCCCGCCAUCUCACGGUCCUCAAGCAGUUAGCCCACAGUGUGGUGCUGGCCUGGGAGUUGCCUCCUGAGAGAGUAGAUCUACGUGGCUUCCAUAUCUUUGUCAACGGGGAACUUCGUCAGGCCUUGGGGCCCGGGGUGCCCCCCAAGGCUGUUCUUGAAAAUAUGGACCUGCGAGCUGGGCCCCUCCAUGUGUCUGUCCAGGCCCUAACCAGCAGGGGCAGCUCAGACCCUUUGCGCUGUUGCCUGGCUGUGGGUACUGGGGCUGGGGUGGUACCCAGCCAGCUACGGAUCCAUCGGUUGACAGCCACAACUGCUGAGAUCACCUGGGUACCGGGGAACAGCAACUUGGCCCAUGCCAUCUACCUCAACGGAGAAGAGUGUCCACCCGCUCGCCCCAGCACCUACUGGGCAACCUUUUGUCACCUGCGGCCUGGCACGCUCUAUCAGGCCCGAGUGGAGGCUCAGAUCCCAUCGCAGGGGCCUUGGGAACCAGGCUGGGAGAGACCAGAGCAGCAGCGAGGUGCCACCUUGCAGUUCACCACACUUCCGGCAGGUCUACCUGAUGCCCCACUGGAUGUGCAGGUUGAACCAGGGCCCUCUCCUGGAAUCUUGAUGAUCAGCUGGCUCCCUGUCACCAUUGACGCUGCUGGUACCUCCAACGGUGUCCGGGUCACAGGCUACACCAUCUAUGCUGAUGGGCAGAAGAUUAUGGAGGUGGCUUCCCCCACAGCAGGCAGUGUGCUGGUGGAGGUGUCCCAGCUGCAGCUUCUGCAGGCCUGCCAUGAGGUGACUGUGCGCACUACGUCACCCCAUGGCGAGUCCACUGACUCCAUCCCGGCCCCUGUCGCCCCAGCCCUGGCUCCUGCCUGCCAGCCAGCCAGGAUGUCCUGUCUCUCACCACGACCAAGUCCAGAGGCCAGAACAGCCCUUGCUUCAGUCUCCCCAGGACUUGGGGAUCCCAGCUUUCCCCUCCGGCAUCCUGCCCGCCCUGGAAGUCAAGACUCCCCUGCGAGCCUUCCCAUGGAGGUGUCCGAAGCAUCCCAGGAGGAGCCCCCAGCCCCCUGCUCUCAGGAAGAGUCUGGGGCAGCUGUCCAGGGCACCUCGGAGGAGAAGAGGGCUACUGAGCCAACCCCAGGACGAGAAGGCCCCGGCCCUCUGGCUCCCUCCCUGGCUAAGCAGGAAGUAGAGUGGACUUCAGGAGAGACUGGCCCCAUGCCUUGCUCCACCCAAGGAGAGCCAACCCAGAAGGCGCCGAGUACUGAGGCCUGCCAUGGAGGAGAUCUGGGCUCGGAGCUGAAACUCAGAGCUGAGAAAGAAGACAUGUCAGAGCUUGGAGUUCGUCUGGUGAAUUCCCUUGUAGAUCACGGCCGUAACUCAGACUUAUCAGACAUCCAGGAGGAAGAGGAAGAGGAGGAAGAAGAGGAAGAGGAACUGGGUUCCAGGCCUUGUUCCCCCCAGAAGCAGGUUGCUGGCAACAGCGUCAGGGAGAAUGGAGCCAAGCCCCAGCCCGACCCCCUUUGUGAGACUGACAGCGAGGAGGAGAUCUUGGAGCAGAUCUUGGAGCUGCCUGUCCAGCAGCUCUGCAGGAAGAAGCUGUUCAGCAUCCCCGAGGAGGAAGAGGAGGAAGAGGAGGAGGAGGAGGAAGGGCAGGAGAAAUCAGAGCCUGGCAGCUCUUCCCAAGACCCUAGCCAGCCCGAACUUGUAUUGCUAGGGCUGGACUGUGACAGCAGUCAGCCCCAGGGACCUGGCCUGUGUCCCUUGUCUCCUGAGCCCUCCGGGGCCAGGGAGCACCUGGAGGAUGUGCUGGGCGUAGUCGGUGGGAACAGCCGGAGGAGAGGAAGUGGCUCCCCCGAGAAGCCCCCAAACCGCAAGCGACCUCAGGAUCCCCGAGAACAUUGCAGCCGUCUCCUUGGCAACGGCGGCCCCCAGACCCCUGCACGGCCAGGCCCGCCACGGGAGAGGGGCAGCCUCCCUGUGAUCGAGGGCGUCAGGGUCGGACAGGAGGCGGGUGGGAGAGGGCGACCGGGUCUUUCCCGGAGGUGUCCCCGCGGCCCUGCUCCAGAAUCCAGCUUGGUCAGCUGCCUCUCUCCAAAGUGUUUGGAGAUCAGCAUUGAGUAUGAUUCUGAGGAUGAGCAGGAGGCGGGAAGCGGGGGUAUUGGCAUCACUAGCUCCUGCUACCCCACAGAUGGGGAGUCCUGGGGCACAGCAGCUGUAGGAAGGUCAAGGGGACCUCUGAAGGUCAAUUCAGGGUCCAACCCCUACCUGCGACUCCCAGCCUGGGAGAAAGGGGAACCAGAGCGGAGAGGCCGCUGUGCUGCUGGCAGAACCAAGGAGCCACCCUCUCGGGCCACAGAAUCUGGGGAGUCCCGAGGGAAGGACAACUCUGGGCGGAGAGGACCCCAGAGGAGAGGGGCCCGGGUGCCUAGGCCUGGUACCGCCGAGCCGGCCCCUCCGAGGAGCCCUCCAGAGCAACCAGCUCAUCAGAACCUGCCUGUGCGGGUCUUUGUGGCUCUGUUUGACUAUGACCCUGUAUCAAUGUCACCCAACCCUGACGCUGGAGAAGAGGAGCUUCCCUUCAGGGAGGGCCAGAUCCUCAAGGUGUUUGGAGACAAAGACUCGGACGGUUUCUACCGGGGUGAAAGUGGAGGCCGCAUAGGUUACAUCCCCUGCAACAUGGUGGCCGAGGUGGCUGUGGACAGUGUGGCGGGGAGACAGCAGCUGCUCCAGCGGGGUUUCUUGCCCCCAGAUGUUCUCACCGAGGCCUCUGGGAAUGGUCCUUCUGUAUACUCCUCAGCCCAUAUGACCGGGCCUCCCCCCAAGCCUCGCCGGUCUAAGAAAGCGGAGCUGGAAGGCCCACAGCCCUGUCCAGGUCCCCCUAAGCUGCUCCAUUCUGCUGUUCUGAAAACUUCCCGACCUAUGGUGGCUGCGUUUGACUACAACCCCCGGGAGAACUCUCCCAACAUGGAUGUGGAGGCAGAGCUGCCCUUCAGGGCAGGAGAUGUCAUUACUGUGUUUGGGAACAUGGAUGACGAUGGGUUCUACUAUGGGGAGCUGAAUGGACAAAGGGGCCUGGUUCCAUCCAACUUCCUGGAGGGCCCCGGGCCCGAGGCAGGUGGCCUAGAGUCUGGGACAUCCCAAGCCGAGAGUCAGAGAACGAGGAGGAGAAGAGACCAGUGCUAGAUGGAGAUAGAUAUUGGUAGAGAGAGCAACAUGACCCUGGAAGCACCAUCCAGGGGCCUCCGGUGCCCCGUAGCUGUCACUAUGGCCUCAGCUCUGGAAGUCCCUCCAGGACCAAACUGGGAGAGCCACAGGGCAUAGCUGAGAAGAAGCACGGUCUCCUCUCCAAAGGAAGGGAACUCCUCAAAAAGCUGGGCUCCAGAAAAGAGUGAAGCUGUCCUCGGCCCCGCAGGCCGAAGUGGCCCCUGGAAGCCCCAGAUCAACUGUGUGGCUGGACAAGGAAGCCCAGCCAGUCCAGGACUCCUAUUCUCUGAGCAAACACUGGCACUCAGAGGGAUCCGGGGGGACCUGGCGAGGGUGGGGCUCCAUGCAUCCUCAGUGAGGAGUCCUUUAGAUAGACUCUUCCAGGAGGGAGCUGAGUCACAGAGUAAGUAACCAAGCACCAAGCACUGUUAGAUCAGGACUGGACCCGAACCUCUGGAUUUCCCAGUCUGCCCUCCUACCUAUCUAUUCCUGCUUUCCCAUCACGCUCUGCUGGCCCUUCCUUGGCUUCCCUGCUUCCAAGAUGGGCCCCUCUAAUAAUGGCUCUGGCUGUCUUCCCCCUGUCUUCCCUCCCCUGAAGGAACGUUUGCACUGGAGUGUCCCCUGGGGCAGGGGGCAGAGCCAUGUAUAUAUGUACAUACUCAGUGCCUCAGUCCAGCUCCUCCGUCCGCUUCACCACACAGGUCAGGGGAGGAGAAAGGCCAUGCCAAAGCGGGCCUGACCCCGCCCCAUAGUGCUCCACCCCCUCCCUGCCCAGGCCACCUGGCCUCUGUGUCAUCCCAUCCCCCAAACCCAGGGGACCAGGGGCCAGAGAGCAGGAGUUGGGUUUGCCUUAUUUUGCUCAUUGGAUUCAACUUCUCUUUUGCAUCAUCAUUUUCUUCCAGUCCCUGUUGGGGUCCAGGGGCUGAGGGAAAGGACAGAUUUAUGCAGCUAUUUUCAUACGUCCCGUGUUCAGAGUGGGUGGCGUUUCUCCACCCCAACUCUAGCCAUCCCAUCCUUCAUCCCUUGUCUGGGCGAGUCUCUUUGCAUGUUUCCUUUGCUGUGGUGGGAGAUGUUUGAUUGGACCCCCAACCCUACCCUGGUCUCCAGGGAUGUGGGAUGGUGGGGGCUUUGUUUAAAAAGACAUUUUAUUAUAAUAAAGUCUAUUUUCACAAAA